AGUCUAGGCAACUAGUUGGUUGGUUAAACUAUAGUUUUUUUUUAAAUGUAUUAGUCUGAAACCACAUAAGUACAAUUUCAGAGCCAUACCAUAAUAGACUCGCCAUAGAUCAAAAUCAAAAUGCAGACCCGUUUGAUUUUGUUAUUUGUCAUAUGCUUCAAUACAUUAAAUCAUAGUUUCCAACUACCAUCUGAUCAUUCCGAAAAAAUAAAUGCAUACACAACACCGUCCACAUUGAACGACAAAAACUAUGAGAAUGAAUUGGGAAAAAAACUUUUCAACAUCAAAAGCAAUACCAAUAGUACCAUAUGGAUAGGUAAUAUGAUUGCUAUGCAUAUGGACGGAUUUGCACCGUUUUCUUCUGACAAUCCAAAGUGUACUGAGGAUGGAAAACUGUACAAGGAACACUUGGUCAAUCAAGAUUUGUGGGCCGUUCAAAUGUAUGAUUCUUCAGCAAAAUAUCCCGGCGGCCUUUUGUCUGGCAUUGCAUACGAAAUGGGAUAUUAUGAUCAGUGUCUGAGAGCGCAUUCAGAAGAUUUAAAUAUUUACAGUGCGUAUGUUUUGCCAAACGUUCAGUUUCAAAUUCCUGCAGCAAAUGACUAUACGUCAGUAGUAAGACACAACGAAAGAUCAGCUUGGAGAAAUUUGAAAAACGAUGACAAUUAUUCAAGCCAUAGCAAAAAAAUCGUUAACAUAAAUUGGGCAUUAUGUAUCCCGGACUCUUGUAGCGCUAAAGACGUACAAGCAUCAAUGGAAGAAUUGUUGAAGCCUAUUUUUCAACAAUCUCAUAUUACAAUCAAGGUUUCUGUUCAUCCAGCUCUAUACACAUCUAAAAGAACAUCUGAUGCAAAACCCACUGAUGGAUACCUUAUUUUUUUUUACAUGGUUGUGAUACUGAUCUUAACGUUAAAUAUAGUUGGGAGUUUGUACGAAACGAAUAUUAUUGGUGAUCAGCAUUUUCAUUGUUCUAUUUUAAAAAAUAUUUUAUUGGCUUUUUCUAUUAGAACAAGCAUGGCAAGAGUGUUUAAAACACAAAACAAAAAUGAGUCGGCUUCAACUGAUGCACUAAAAUUAAUUUUUGCGAUUUUUAUACCCAUAACACAUAGAAUUUAUUUGGGCCGAUAUGUUGCAACAACCACUCCUUAUUAUAUGGAAAACAUAAUGAGUAAUGUUUGGACAACAUGGUUGAAUUCACCGGUUUGUGUGGAAGUAUUUUUUGUAAUUUCAGGGUUUAUGAUGUAUAUGUCUGUGAUCAACAGAUUAAAUAAAGAAAGAGAAUUAAAAUUUUUCAAUCUACUAUUUUAUAGAUUGACAAGACUUCUGCCAGCAUACGUAAUAGUUUAUUUGCUUUACAUGUGUGUUUUACCUCACAUAGCAGAUGGUCCAGUUUGGAAGUUAUAUACAAUUUCGGAUACCGAAUUUUGUCGUAGAAAUUUGUGGAAAAAAUGUUUAUUUAUCGAUACAUACAUUGACGGCGUUGAAGAAAUAUGUAUGGGUUUUUCCUGGUAUGUAAUAUGCGAAAUACAUUUUUACGCAAUCGGAAUAAUUCUAACGUACGCAAUAUGGAAAUGGAAAAAAUUAGGAAUUUGGAUUUUAGGAAUAUUAUUUGCAGCAUCAAUUUACAUGCCAGCAAGGACGAUUUAUGCCAACCAUUUGUCGACUGUAGUAUCAGCAAACACAAAGAAUUUUCGAUCUCAGCCAUUUUUCUUAUUUGUAUACAUGAAGAGUCACCAAAGAAUUACAACAUACCUGAUCGGAAUAGCAGCCGCACUCAUACUCAGAAAACUAAAAGAAAAUGGUUUCAAAAUAUCCGUUCAAAGCAAGACGUUUGGUUCCAUAAUUUCUCUUAUAAUAUUGGUGUUAAGUUUAUAUUCAUCGACUUACUUUUUUUCACCUGAAAUAAAGUACAACCCGUGGCAUCACGUUUUAUACUUUACUCUACAAAGGAUCGUAGUUGCAAUUUGUGUAUCAUAUUUCAUGGUCGCUAAUGGAUUAUCUAGUUCUGAUUCAAAAUUCAAAGGUUCUAUCAGCAAGAGCACUAAUAGAAAUUUUUUUUCUGUUAUGGGAAAGCUCACUUACGGUCUAUUUUUAUGUCAUAUCUUUUUUAUAACACAAUCACUGUUUUCCAAUAAAACACUUGUGGAAUUCGACUUGUGGAUUAUGAUCCGAUCUUCAAUAAGUGAUGUUGUAUUAGGAUUGUUUUGCAGUUUACUAAUAGUUUUGUUCGUCGAAACCCCUUGUAUUACGAUUAGACAUAAUUUAGACAAUUAUUUUCAGGGUGUAAAAAAACAAAACAUUUCCACCUCGCAGGAAAACGAUAACAAAAUGAAAAAACAAUAAGUAUCAGGUUUAGGUGGUCAAGUACACUUUUUAGCGAUGAGAAGGCACUAACAGUACACCAUAUUAACUCAAAUGUAUAAUUAUGAGACACUAUCUGCUUUUUAUGUCGGAAUACUAAUAAAAUAAACUGUGUAUUACAAUUAUGAUAAGUUGCUUAUAGGUACAUUUUGCGUAAAGGGUUUCUUAAAAAAAUAUUUUAGUUGUACUUAAUUUUUAUUGUUGUGUUUAGGUAAGGUGUUUUAUAAUAACUAAUGUU